AUGAUAUCUCAACAAUGGUUCUUGAAUCCUAUAUGUGCACCUGAACAAUCAAUUACUAUUCAAUUCACACAUAAUAUAACAAGUGUGCAAGAGAUACAAAAUGAUGAGUUGAAUAGUAGCUUUGAUAUCAUUGAAGAACUUCGAGGACCAGAUUGUUUUAAUUACGAAAUUCAACAAUAUACUUCUAAAAAAGCUGAAUACUGCCGAGGUAUUGGAAUCGCCAAAAAAGAAGUUCAAACUGCCCUUGAUACUGGUACAAUGGAUGAAUUUAUUAGUAUAUUGCAUAACUUUAUUGAAUCAAAGUCAAUUCAAGCUAAUAAUUUAUUGAGAUUGGACAAUAUUGAACUAGUAACGAAUCCUCACAUUAUUUCACAUCAUAGUCGACCGAAGAAACAAUUACAAGACUCUUUAAAUAAUGUUAAUCAAUCAAAUUCUCAGACAACUUACAAAAAAAUACUUCACGAAUCAAAUAUUACAAAUAAAUCUUCGCGAAAAUGUUCUUACUGUAAUG